AUGGCCGCGACUGGAGAGCCCGAUACUGACUCAUCUCUCUGGGCAACAGAGUAUUACCGCCACCAGAGUUCCCAGCGCCUGAAUCGGAAACGGAAGAGUCUUCUCCGGCCUUCCGUCUUCGGUGCGUGUUUGGCGAUUGCCGGUCGGAUCGUCCUCAGACCGCUGGCGAUGCUGCUCCUGUUCACCACCACCAGUUACCUCUCAGACGCGACGGUUCUCAUCAAGCUUGACCAAAGCUUCUUCGAGUACACGCAGUACGAUCUGUCCAUGGCUGGAGGGUGCACAGACUGCGUGGGUCCGUGCAAGAUUGGUCUGCUCAAGUACGCCUUCUUCAACGGAGAGGCGAUCACGAGCGCGCCUGGGUUUUCAGCCCUAAUGGGGACGUCCCCGAAGGAAUCCCUCUAUGACUUCAGCAACUUGAGCGCUGAGGCCAUCGCGGUCGGGGAGGAGCUCGACAACAGCGACGCCAUUUGCCAGAGCGGCAUCAACGACUGGGGAGCCAUCACCAGCAUCUUGACAGCGACACCUAAGAAGUCCUGGACGUCGUGA